CUCUCGGAAUAAUUUUUUUCUCCAAAAAAAAAUUGAAAACUCAGUAUAAGCAAAAAACGGAAAAAAAGCUCUCCAAAACCCUUUUGCUCAAUAGCAAUGGUCUCGGACACAAACUUCACUUCACAGACCCCUACAUACACCCCCUAAAACCAACCACAGCUUUAUGCCCUUUUCUGUUCCCUGUCUGUAGAAUCUCUGUGCCCUCUAUGGAAGCACUCUCAAGCACCGUCUUCGCCUCUAAGUUCGCAGAGACACACUCGGUUCUUCACUUGAUCAGAACUCCAAACAAGCGUAGUGGGUCUCUGAAAUUCAACGAGAUUGUUCCCAUUACGACGUCGCGGGCUUACGUGCCUCGAAUUCUCGCGCUUGCUCGAGAAGUAUCGGACGAAGGCGAAGAAGAGACACGGAUUGCGAAUGCGUUUGGUUUAGUUUCCGGAGAGACUGUGUCUUUGUCUCAGUCCGCAAAUAAAUAUCUAAAAAGGCUGUUUUGGCUUUGUUAUGAUGGCCUUUCUCAUAUUCUGAAGGGUAAUUCAGAUCACGAUCAAAGUAAUGAAAAGAAUGAUAAUAAGGUAUCAGAUAUUAUGACACCUCUUACGGUUUCAUACGGAACUGGGGGAAGCUCAAGGGCAGGGCUUUUCAGAACUCCGAUAUCUGGGGGAGUGCAGAGUGCAACCUCAGCUCACGGGUUACCUAGACCAGCCUUGGCAGUUCGCAAUCUGAUGGAACAGGCCAGAUUUGCACACCUGUGCACUGUAAUGUCCCGGAUGCAUCACAGACGAGAAGGAUACCCAUUCGGUUCAUUGGUAGAUUUUGCACCUGAUUUGAUGGGACAUCCAAUAUUUUCAUUUUCACCAUUGGCAAUACAUACGCGUAAUUUGUUAGCUGAUCCAAGAUGCACAUUGGUUGUGCAGAUACCUGGAUGGAGUAGCUUAUCAAAUGCAAGGGUAACAAUAUUUGGCGACGUCUUCCCCCUUCCAGAAGACCAGCAGGAAUGGGCUCAUAAACAGUACAUAGCAAAACAUCAACAAGGGCCCUCUCAACAGUGGGGGAACUUCUACUACUUUAGGAUGCAGAAUAUAAGCGAUAUAUAUUUCAUUGGAGGCUUUGGUACGGUUGCUUGGGUUGACGUCAAAGAAUAUGAGACCCUUCAACCUGAUAGGAUUGCAGUUGAUGGAGGUGAGCAAAAUCUAAAGGAGCUCAAUGCAAUCUUCUCAAAGCGGCUAAAAGAGCUUAUGUCCAUGGAAAUUGAGGUGGAUGAUGCUGCUCUCAUUUCCAUAGAUAGCAAGGGAACUGAUAUUCGGGUCCGCCAAGGUGCUCAGUUCAACAUACAGAGGUUAUCAUUUGAAGAAGGGCAAGCGGUCGAAACCUUGGAGGAAGCCAAGGCAGCACUUUGGAAACUAGUAAACAGAGGUAAAGUUUACAAUUUGCAGAAAUGAAAGACCAAUUUCGCGUAACAGAUAUUGUGAUAUUUAUUUUGAGUGGCUACAGGAUUAGGUGAGACGAUGCUUAAAUUGAGUUUGUAACUUAUACCCAUUUUUAAAAUUGUAAUAUUGUAACUUUAUGGGUCUCUCAGUAUAAAUUCAUGGGAUGUGCUCGGCAUUUUUGUCAUCUAGAAAUCCUAGUUGAGUUAGCUAGGGUGGGGCUUUGAGCAUCAUUUUAAUCAAAAUAAUGUAAAGAACAACCAUAACAUACACCUGCUGUUGAUGAAAAGCUACAGUAAUUUCCAGGUUUUCCUUAAAA